AUGGGCUCGGAAGUCACUCUUUCAGAGGCCGUGCCGCCCUACAGUGCCUUCAGCGUUGCCAAAAAAAGGUACAUCGUGGCGACGGCGGCGGGCGCAGGUCUAUUUUCUUCUUUGUCUGCACAGAUUUAUUUUCCGGCCUUGGGUACUAUUGCCGAUGAUCUCAAUGUGUCAACAUCUUUGAUCAACUUGACUGUGACGAGUUACAUGAUCUUCCAGGGCAUUGCGCCCAUGUUUAUUGGCGAUUUCGCUGAUAGAACAGGCCGUCGACCGGCAUAUAUCAUCUGUUUUGUGAUUUAUAUUGCAUCCAACAUUGGACUCGCCUUGCAAGAUAGCUACGCAGCUCUCAUUGUCCUGCGAUGUCUUCAGAGCUCCGGAAUCAGCAGUAGCGUCGCUCUGUCCGCAGCCACGGUCGCCGAUGUCAGCACCAAACAGGAACGAGGCUCCAUGAUGGGCUUCGUGAUGGCAGGUAACUUCAUGGGCCCUGCUAUUGGACCAAUCAUCGGUGGUCUCUUAGCCCAAUAUUUGGGCUGGAGGUCCAUUUUCUGGUUCCUCACGAUCGCCUCCGGUGUCUUCCUGCUGCCUCUGCUAUUCUUCCUCCCCGAGACUGCUCGCAAUGUCGUCGGAGAUGGCGCGUCGCCUGCGCAAGUCUGGAACCGACCUUUCGUCCAAUACCUUAGACCCCAGGCUAAGGAUACUGCUUCUUCUAUGGAAAGCGUCGACCGGCAAGAUAGCCAUGACUCUCCCAAGAAGAUUGAGCACAAGUUGCGAUUCCCCAAUCCACUCAAGCCUCUUAUCCUGGUGUGGCACCCCAACUCUAUCAUCAUUCUUCUGGUGACUGGCGUCAUCAUGGGCGGUAACAUGACUGUGCUCUCCUCCAUCACGGAGAUUUACACAGCUCAAUACGGCCUCGACGAACUUGAAAUAGGUCUUUGCUACAUCACACUAGGAACCGGCUCCAUUGUCGCAUCCGUGAUCACAGGCCGUCUACUAGAUUGGAAUUACAAGCGCAUGGCCGCGAAGCUAGCCAGCGAUCCCACCUCCGAGCACGUCGGCACAGCAAACUCUGUGCCCGUCGAGAAGUCCCGGAGCAUGAUCACCAUCCCCCUAGUGAUUCUGGGAAGUGUGACUGUGCUAGCCUUUGGUUGGGUCCUCAAGUACGGUGAACCUCUUCCCGCCCCUGAAGUUCUCUUGUUCUUCGUCGGCGUAGGACAGACCGGUGGCUUUAUUUCCACCUCUACCCUGCUAGUGGACCUGCACACUGCUAACCCUGCCGCCGCGACCGCGGCGAACAAUAUGGUUCGGUCGUUCUUUUCGGCUGCCGCGUCGGCUGCUAUCGACCCCAUGCUGACGGCCAUGGGUCGCGGAUGGGCUUUCACACUGGUGGCUUUCAUCUUGUUGUCCACGAUUCCUUUCCUGUUGUUGCUUUGUGGAAUGGGGCGUAAGAGGGAGACUGCGAAGAAAGUAGACAGCUCUGCUGAGAGAGCUGAGGUUCCAGUUUCUCAAAGAUCUGAGGAUUAA